AUGCAUGGUCCAGAUCCCGAGGAGGUCAAGCAAGCUCUUAUGGCCGAGCUCGGAAGAGGCAGGCAAGAUGAGCUUCCGUUGAGCAAUGUGUCGAAGCGACCAAGCUACCAGCCCAUGCGCUCUGGAACGAGCCAUAUCCCGCAAGCUCGAAAAGAUAAUCUCGAGAGCAAAUGGGGAAAAAAAAUUGUCGAUGAAGAAAGCCAACAAAUGGAAGGGCUUGAGGUUGGCUGUAGCCGCCCUUGGGCUCAGAUCACAAAUCAAUACAUGGCACGCCAUGCAGUUGAGUCUGCACCGCCAAGGCUUGCAAUGCCAGCACCCCAAAUACGGCCUUUCGCCAUUCCCAAGGCUCCUUUGUCCACCAGAUCCUCGAGAGGUGUGAGUAACGUUCUCGCACAGGCAUCAAGUCAUGUCUCUAAUCAGAAUGCGCCGCUCAAUGGACUCCGAGUCAGCUCAGGCUCUAGCAGCCAGGGCCAGAAUGCCGUCCCUACGGGUAGAAAUGUCGGCAUUCCCAAGCCAACAUCAUCUGCUCUGCAACAGACCGUGGAGCACAUACUGUCUCAAGGCGAAUGCAUGCUUAUUGACGACAGCGAUGGUUCAUCCGUUUCUACAAAAUUCGUAGCAAAGGUCUCUAUGCAGCGAAACGAGGGACUGCUUAUGCUUAUGCCAUCUGGCCAGCCCCAAUCAGUUUACAACGUCCUCAGCCUCGGUGUUCCGGUCAUUCAAGGACCUUAUUGUAUCAUUUAUGGUGCAAGGAAUGAGCGCCUGCACAAGGUGAAGCUCCGAACUGUCGCUGCUGCAGAAAGUUUUCAGUAUUUACUGAAAACCCUCCAACAAUCUGCUCGGCAGUUUUGUGAGCCGAGACCUGCGUCUCCCAAACUCGCCCCAAUUGUCGCUGCUUUAAAGGAGGAAGCAGCUAGUCCUCUCCCAACUCCCUCGAAAGCAGCUCCGAAAGCCGUUUCGAAAGCAUCGGAAGAUGUUCUAGAGACAGCUGAUGGAGAUAAAAGAGCCACUCUGCAAACGUCACAAUCAACCGAAGCACCAUUGCACCAAGAUUCCGAAAAAAGCCUUCUUAACUUGGAGGAUGAAGCUCAACCGCAGCCAUCACUGACCAUAGAGGCCGCCGCAGACCACAUGCAGCGCAUUGUUCACCAAAUAUUAUCAGAGAUCACUGCAACUGGAGUUAAUGUCCCUGAAAAGGGUGUUGCGGAAAUCGAAUCAACAGCGAUCGCCAAUUGGAUGGCCCAGGGGUUCAUGGAAUCCGAGGCUGAAUCUGACGAAUUGAAAGAGGAACUUGUUGAUCUUCUGCGCCUGCUCGUCCGCAUCAAAAGAAAGGUACAGUAUAGGCAUGGCAUCAGUGUCGGAAACAACGACGUCUCUAUUUCGAGCGAAACACUGCAAGAUCUCCAAGAAAUUGCCGAGCAGCCAAGCAAGCGCAUCAAAUACACCACUGCGGAUAUCAAGGAAUUGGAGACGCAUGCCGUGUCGCGCCAAGAUAAGAUCAAGGCUUCAGGACUCCAAGAAAUCCAAAAGAGGUCGCCUAAACCGGUUGAAGUUGAAUCCAAAAGGAGCUCGCCUAUUCCAGAUGACUCUAAAACGGGUUCGCCUCUCGCAGAUGAGCCGAAGAAGAAGAUUGACCUGGCGGCGCCAACCGAACCGUUGAACUUUGCCUCCAAGGCAUCAAGUGGAGCCACGAAAUCUGACUUGAAGGCUCCAGGUGGACUUGCGACGUCUCGAUGGGCCACUCCAGGCGCUCGUUCAGCCCCGACCACGACGACUGCGGCUGUGGCUGCGAAGAAAGAAGCAACAACUCCUCUUAAGCCUACAGCGCCUAUCUUCAUCAGCAAGAAGCCUAAGCCUAACCCAAAAGGCUUGAGCUCUUCCCGAUGGGCGGUGGGCGGCGGGCCUGUCGCAAACGAGGGUGCCUUUGCUAGUUUCUGA